UGCGCAUCAAACAUAAGAACUUUAGUUGGUAUUAAGCCUUUGAUCGUUCAAGUUAUUCGUGAUUGUGCACGGCCUGAACUUUUUUUGAUGUCUUUAAAUAUUACUUCAGUAAAUUGUCGAAAUUAUUUGUGAAUUGAAAACUCCCGGCAUUACGACAAAUUCGUGGCGAAUAAAAUGGUAAAGUGGGUGCAUGCAUUGAUGACAAUGAUCAUAUUUGAUGUCGGUUGUAAUCAUGCAAAUAAGCAAAGUAAUGAAAGUGGAAACCGGCCUGUCGCUGUAAUGAGGAAAAACAUGUUCCGCUUGAUGGAUAAGCACGACGAAAGCAAAAACAUUUCAGUAAUAAGUGAUACUCGAUCAGAUCUGAAGAAUGCUAACAUAGAGCAGACAUUUUUCAAAAGAAAAGUGAAUGACAGUUUUUCCCAUUACGAAUUUGAAAUACUACUUAAUGAUAAUGUGAUUAACGACCACAACGAAAUUAACGAUAUUCAAGUUUUGAAUCAUACAGCUAUUAAACCGUCAAACGAUUUCAUGGAUAUCCAUUACAAAGAACGAAUAAACAAUACACACAUUUUAAGACAUUAUUCCUUUGAUAAUAAAUCAAUGUCAAGGUUAUUAGAACCAAGCCUUAAACAAACAGCACACCUUUUUAAAGAAAACGAUAAUGGAAACAAAACAAACGGUAUAAAUUAUCUAAACAACACAUCCCAUUCUUAUAAAUCCUCAACUAUUGUAAGGGGUGAGACUACUCCAAUCAAUAUUUUCCAUUUAUUUACUGAGCUAUAUGAUCAUCACUUAUGGAAUAUUUCUACAAUAAAACAAAAACUAAGUUACGAUUGUGCAGUUGAUAUGAGUAUGUACCUACAACAGUUACGAAACCAACGAUAUUGGGCGUUAAAAGUCAGUGAUUCAUCUGGACGGUACAGUGGACAGGCACUCUUUGGAAACGACUUUUGGCUGGGAUCGAAAACAUUUUGUGAGGAGAGCAACAAAGAAAAUCCAUUGAAUAAUGAAACCAUAGAGAUGAGUUUUUAUGUAGCAUCAGUUAAAAUCAAAAUAUAUGAAUUAAUGCCAAAGCCAAAAAUACUGCAGCUUGGUCAAUGUUUACCAAAAAAAUGUAUUGAUAGCGAUGUUUAUAUUAUUUUGUCAGAAGACCCCAAAGCACGUCAAAUUUCAAAUGAUCAGACAUGCUGGAGUAAUUCAUCUCAACUACAACCCAACUGCAACGAAUUAAAUAUAUUUGAUAUUCGUUUAGUUCCAGGAAGUUACAACUUGUUUGAGGAUAGAAAAUUUUUCUUUAUAUGUUUGGUUUUGUUAAUAUUAAUUGCAACCAUACUUUUUGCCACCUACUACGAAAGCAUUCAUAAAGGACUGGAAAACUCACCUACAAUCAUUAAUCAAGUGACCAAUUUGAAUCAACCAGCGAAACAAAAUUCUAACUCUUACAUGAAGGAACUAAGCGAGUCAAAUAGUGAUGCAUCCAAAUUCAACUUAAUUUGGCGUUCUUUGAACUUCACAUCAGAAUAUCGCACAUCUAGGAAAACCAAUAAAAUUGAUAUAUUGUGUAAAAUAUUGUUAUGCUUUGCUGCAGGUUCAAACUCUAGGGCAAUUUUGUCGGUUGAUAGCGCUACCAAGGACUCCAUAGCAUGUGUUCAUGGCUUGAGACUAUAUUCUUUACUAUGGACAAUUAUGGUACACACAUAUCUGCAGCUGUUUGCAGUAGGAGAGAACAGAUAUGGAAGAAAAAUUACGGAAAGAUCGUUCUCGUAUCAAGUGGUUGGAAAUGCUACAUUCUCCGUGGAUACGUUUUUUUUCAUCAGUGGUUUAUUGGUUACGGUGCUUUUCUUCAGAUCAACAAAGAACGAAACUAUCAUAGAGAAAGCAGAUCGAAAGCAUACAUUUAUCAACACCAAUUUAUUCCAGACAGUACAUCGAGUUUAUUUAUCUGUGCUUUAUCGGUUUCUACGUUUAACUCCGGCAUAUUUUUUUGUGAUUACAUUCAAUGAACUGGCAUUAAAAUGGACGUAUGGGAAAUCCGUAUUUACUCCCGGAAUUACCGAUGAUGUAACAUGUCAUAAAUUUUGGUGGCGCAAUAUAUUAUACAUAAACAACUGGUAUCCAUUUGAUGAAAUGUGCAUGAUUUGGUCCUGGUACUUAGCAAAUGAUAUGCAAUUUUACGUUGUGGCUCUUACAUUACUCGCGUUAUCUACAAGGUAUUUCAAAUUAUCUAUGAUUAUGGCUGGAUUGUUGAUGAUAUGCUCAUGGAUAACAUCGAUAGUUAUUUCCAUCAAAUACAACUAUUCCUACAAGGUAUCAGAUCCGUUCGAAUCAUUUGACAUUCUGUACGAUAAGCCAUGGCAAAGGAUUACACCAUACUUAAUUGGCAUGUUCACUGGAUAUAUAUAUUAUUUCAGAAACGCUCCCCCGAAAAUAUCAAAUUGGUUGAAUGGGGUAUUAUGGAUGGGAUCUUCAUCGAUUAUUUUAGUACUUGUGUUCGGUGUUUGGAAUGGACAGUUACCUGUAAGAGAUACUGCACUCUAUGUUAGUUUGGGACACACAGCAUGGGGUAUAGCUCUAGUGUGGAUCACAUUAUCCUGUUGCUGGGGAUACGCAUCUCCAGUAAAUAAAAUACUGUCCUAUCGCGCUUUUUAUCCUUUAAGUAGAUUAUCCUACUGCGCUUACUUACUUCAUCCCGUGAUAAUGAUGGUAACGUCAUUCCAGAUGGAGGCUCCAAUGCAUCUACAACAUGUCAUUGUUGUCACAAUCUCCUAAAAGGAACCUAAAACUGGACAUGAAAAGCGAACUUGUACUAUCAUUGCCACCCAUUUACACUAUUGCCAAAACGCAACCAUUCAAUAAAGAUUAUACGAAUUGAGCCUUACUGGAAACCUGUCAAUCGAAUGGAGGUAUUAAGGUCCGUGAUACAAAAGGCUCGCCGUUUAAGUGCACUUAGCGCAGGUGCCGGAAAUCUCUAAAUAGACUUUAUGCUUUAGUAUA